AUGGCGACCGCGCGCCGCGACACCCUGCUCGAGCUCCAAGCGAGAGCGCAGAAGAAAUGGGCGGACGAGAAGACCUUCGAGGUCUCCGCGCCCAAGGACGGCUCUAAACCGCCCAAGUUCUUCGGGAACUUCCCGUACCCGUACAUGAACGGGAUGCUGCACCUCGGGCACGCGUUUUCGCUCUCGAAGCUCGAGUUCGCGAGCGCGUAUCAUCGUCUGAAGGGCGACGAAACGCUAUUCCCGUUUGCGUUUCACUGCACCGGGAUGCCGAUCAAAGCGAGCGCGGACAAGAUCAAGAACGAGAUCGCCAAGUACGGGAACCCGCCGGUGUUUCCCGUGAUCGACGAGGCGGCGGAGGCGGCGGCGGCGGCGGCGGCGGCGGCGCAAAAAGCCGCCGACGCGAAAAACGCCGACCCGACCAAGUUCGCCGCGAAAAAGUCCAAAGCGUCCGCGAAAGCGGGGACGCAGACGUACCAGUGGGACAUCAUGAAGAGCUCCGGGAUCGGCGACUCGGAGAUCCCGCCGUUCGCGGACCCGUACCACUGGCUCGAUUACUUCCCCCCCCUCGCCAAGCGCGACGUCGCCGCGAUGGGAUGCCAGGCGCGUUCUAUCUCACACCGGUCCCCAUACGACCGCGUCGGCGUGGUGAACGCCGUGGACUGGCGCCGGUCGUUCACCACCACGGACCACAACCCGUUCUACGACGCGUUCGUGCGAUGGCAGUUCAACACCCUGAAGAAGAUCGGGAAGGUGAUCAAAGCGAAGCGGAUGGCGGUGUACUCGCCCCUCGACGGGCAGCCGUGCGCGGAUCACGACCGCGCGUCGGGCGAAGGCGUCGGCCCGCAGGAGUACGUUUUGAUUAAGAUGCGCGUCUACGACGAGUGUCUCGUCGGGGAGCUGGCUCCGCUCGCGGGGAAGAACGUCUUCCUCGCGGCGGCGACGUUGCGGCCGGAGACGAUGUACGGACAGACGAACUGCUGGAUCUUGCCGGACGGCGAUUACGGCGCGUUCGAGAUGGCGAACGGAGACGUCAUGGUCAUGUGCGACCGCGCGGCGAGAAACCUGAGCUACCAGGAGCGCACCAAGGCGGAGGGCGACACCGGGAAGAUCCUGUCGUUCAAGGGCGCGGCGCUGAUCGGGUGCGCGGUGAAAUCCCCGCUCGCGAUCCUCGAGAAGAUCUACUGCUUGCCCAUGCUGACGAUUCUGAUGGGGAAAGGCACGGGGGUGGUGACGUCCGUGCCGUCGGACUCGCCCGACGAUUUCAUGGCGCUCUCCGACUUGAAGGCGAAAAAGGCGCUGCGCGAAAAGUUUGGCGUCCUCGACGAGUGGGUCCUCCCCUUCGACGUCGUCCCGUGCGUGCGCAUCCCGGAGUUCGGCGACGCGUGCGCGCCGAUCGUGUGCGAGCAGCUCAAGAUUCAGUCGCAGAACGACAAGGCGAAGCUCGAGGAGGCGAAGCACAGGACGUACCUCAAGGGGUUCACCGACGGCGUCAUGCUCCGCGGCGUCUACGAGGGCGAGCCCGUGAAGAUCGUCAAGCCGAAGAUCAGAGACCUCAUGCUCGAGAGCGGCGACGCGAUCGUGUACAGCGAGCCGGAGAAGCAGGUCAUGUCGCGGUCAGGGGACGAGUGCGUCGUCGCGCUGACGGACCAGUGGUACCUCGAGUACGGCGAGGAAGGGUGGCGAGAGAAGGCGGAGAAGUGUCUCGCGGGGAUGCGCACGUAUCACGACGAGGCGAGGAAGGCGUUCGAGCACACGCUCGGGUGGCUCCGGCAGUGGGCGUGCAGUCGCGCGUUCGGGUUGGGGACCAGGGUGCCGUGGGACGAACAGUUUCUCAUCGAGUCGCUGUCGGACAGCACGAUUUACAUGGCGUAUUACACCGUCGCGCACUUGUUGCAGGGCGGGGACAUGUACGGGUCGGCGAGGCCGAGCGUUGAGCCGAGCGCGAUGACGGACGAGGUGUGGGACGCGGUGUUCCUCGGCGUCCCGCUCCCGGCGGGAUCGGAUUUUCCAAAGGAGCUGCUGAAGGAGAUGAAGACGGAGUUUGAGUUUUGGUAUCCGUUCGACCUGAGAGUCAGCGGGAAGGAUUUGAUUCAGAAUCACCUCACGUUUUCCAUCUACAACCACGUCGCGUUGUGGGCGGAGGACGAGAGUAAGUGGCCGCGCGGGUUCCGAACGAACGGUCACCUGCUCCUGAACAACGAGAAGAUGAGCAAGUCCACGGGCAACUUUAAGACGCUCAAGGCGGCGAUCGAGGCGUACUCGUCGGACGCGAUGCGAUUCGCGCUCGCGGACGCCGGGGACACGAUCGAGGAUGCCAACUUUGCGCUGAAGUGCGGGUACUACGACCUGCAGUCCGCGCGCGACGCGUACCGGCUCCAGUGCGGCGGCUUGGGCGAAGAGGGCAACAUGCACGCGGAGCUCGUGAAACGCUUCAUCGAAGUCUCGACGCUUCUCCUCGCGCCAUUUUGCCCGCACACGUGCGAACACGUGUGGGGCGCGCUCCUCGGAAAGCCCGGCACGGUCACGAAAGCCGGGUUCCCGACGUACGUCGAGCCGGACAAGGCGCUCAUGGCCGCGGCGCGGUACCUGGACGACCUCGUGUCGUCGAUUCGAAAGGGCGUCGCCAAGGCGACGGCGCCGCCGAAAAAGAAGGGCGCGGGGCCGCCGCCGCCGAUCAAGACGUGCGACGCCGCGCACGUGUUCGUCGCGGAGAAGUUUGGCGGGUGGCAGGAGGUGUGCCUCGGGAUUCUCGCGGAGAAGUACGACGCGAGCGCGAACGCGUUCCCGCCCGUGAACGAGGUGUUGGACGCGGUAAAGGCGAGCGAGCUGUCGAAGGAUGCCAAUUUCAAAAACGUCAUGAAGAUGGUGAUGCCGUUCAUCAAGUUCAAGCAGGACGAGGCCAAGGCGGUCGGCGAAGACGCGCUCAGCGUGCGCUUGAUCUUCGACGAGGCUGGCGUCUUGAACGAGAACGCGGCGUUCAUCGCCAAGGCGUGCGGGUUGAAAGCCUUCGCGGUGUUUUCAUCCGCCGGGGACGCUUUGGACGGCGCCGCGGCGGAGAGCGUCGCGGCGGCGACGAGCGGCGGCGUCAAGGUGGACGCCGCCACCCCGGGGGCGCCGGCGGUGUAUUACAUCACGUCCACCGCGGAGGACAUCGCGGACGGCGUCGCGAAGAUGGAGGUGUGAUGAGAUGAGAUAGAUUUCUGAACGUUUCUUCUUCAAUUCAUUAUCUGAUGGAUGGAUGGAUG